AUCAUCAUCUUCAUCCAUUCAAUUUCAGCCAGUCAGUCGGUGACUAAACGUGAACACGAUGAGACGUAUCUAGUCGAGUAGAGCAAGUUGGAUCUUAACAGUUCAGAAGAAGUAUUGUUAUUUGUUGUUCUCAUCCCAAUUGUGUAAGGAAGUGCGCUGUUGAGCGGCGACGCAUUGAACGUCCUUCAGUAGCUUAAGAAUAUUUCAAAUCAAGAAUACAGUGAAAAAGGAUUGAGUUGACUUGACUCUGUUGUCAGUUGACGGUGUUUCCGUAGAAAAGAAGUCGAAAGCGAAGUGUUGGGUUGCUUGUGUUCGUUUUCCGGUGUUUGAUUGUUGCGGAGAACGGAAAAAGUCGUAAAAGUGCUGAGAACAUCAAACGGAAAAGGAUUGAUUCUUCCGGUUUGGGGGGAAUAUUUUGAAAGUCAGCGAUAAAAAAAUAAAGUGACGGAAGGCUUCGAUUGACAGAGCGUGAAUGAUUAGUUUGGGAGAAAAGUUGCUGAUUCAGUGUUGACAGAAAUAAAUAUUUAUGGAGAAGCGCUGAUGGUUGGAACGCAGAGUAGUUGAGACCAGAGCAAACAAGUUAGAGAGUCGUUGAGACGAGUUACAAGUGUCAGUGGAGAAAAGUUUUCGAAACGAAGAACGUUGAAAAAGUCGUUUGAAGCAGAAGGUGCGGUCACCUGAAAAUCGUUGCAGAUGAAUGCUAUGAAUGCAAUCGCCAAGAUGUACCCGAAGCUGAGUGCCGUGGAAUUGUCAGCAAUUUUAAUGAAAGGUGCUGCAAUGUCCGCUGCCGCUUCGUUGGAACGUGAUUCCGGUUUCAAUUCGGGCAGCUCCGAGCACGAAGACGAUCUCAAAAGCCUAGACCAGAGCUCCAGAGAUGGACUCAUCACACCGGAAAACAGCUCGGAGGAUUCGGUUGAAGUCAAACUUCCUCAAACCGUAAUCAAAAACAAGCGCAAAAGUACGGAGCCCUUACGAGUGAUUUCGGAUGCGGAACUUCUCGGACCCAUCAAAAAACGUAUCCGUUACGAUGAUCAGAUCAAAGAAGAAAAGGAAUCCCUUCUAGAUCACCACGUGAAUGGAAACCCUUUCCGACCAUGGGCUCCAAGUGAGGAUGUACCAGCUGGUCAUCCACUACCUGCACACUUCCCCAACCCGGCGGAUCUGCUGGUCAGACACCCUGGAGUAACCACCUUUCACCGUGCCAUCAGCCUGAAGCCCUUGGACCGUCUUCAGCAGCAAUCACCAGCUUCCAUCUUCCCGCCAUCCAUCCCCUCCACCUCCACCAGUACCCCCUGCCAACAGCAACCCCUCGCAUUGAUCUCUAAGAAAUCCCAGUCCUUCAAAACCCCCUCCCAUACUCUCCAAGACAGCAUCCGGCAGUCCUCAUCGGACCACUCUGUAUUCCUGCCACCGCACCCCGUCAGAGAUCCUUCUCGGGCUUCAGCAACCAAAACAAAUCAACCUCGCAACUACAAAAACAUGACCCGUGAGCGACGGAUCGAAGCGAAUGCCCGCGAAAGAACCCGAGUUCACACGAUCUCAGCAGCCUACGAAAAACUCCGGCAAGCCGUACCCUCCUACUCCGAUGCGCAGAAACUCUCCAAACUGUCCAUCCUGCGGAUUGCGUGUUCCUAUAUUCUGACCCUUAGCCGGAUGGCUGGCGACGAUUACAGUGCGGACGGAUCGGAACCCUCGAUCGACGAGUGCGUCGAAAUGGUGACGAAAACCAUUCAAACCGAGGGCAAGAUCAAGAAGAAGAAGGACGACUAAUCGGUAGCGCCACUGGUGCGCGAGAGCGAGAGUGUAGAUGAUGAGUCAAUCAAAUGAAAAAGUGGUGCUGUGCACACACGUUAAUUGAAACGCUUAGCAAUAGGGAUGGAAGUGGAGAAGCGGUCAAAUGGAAUUUGAGAAACUUCCGGCCAAAUCAGUUUUAAUUUGCUUCAUCGACUAGGGUGACUGAAAGCAGUUGCGGUGAUUCAGCGAGGAAGCUGAAGUAGUUAGGUUAGGUCAAGUAAAGGAUUUCAAUAAGAACUUACUAUUUAUUUCGCCAAUCUGGGAUCUACGGUCGAGGAUCUGAGUAACAAAUUUUAAGCGUUUUUAGAUUUUAGGGGAAUCGAUGCAAACAGUACAAAUAGGGUGCAGCAGAGGGAAACUUGCAGGUCUGAUCCGUUGCCAUAAGCUUAAUUGGAACUUUGAGACAAUAAAAAAUCGCCAAAUAAUUGAUGAAAUACUAACAGAUAGUUGUGAUCAGGGAAGACUCACAUACAAAACAAUAGUCGGUGCCAUAAUAGCCAGAACCAGAAAGUAGUAGAAGGAGCGUAAUUGUAACUGCAUUUUCUUUCGCCAUAUAGCAAAACAGCUUCUGUAGUAGUUAGGAUGCGGAUCGUUAAGCACUGAUUACCGAGUCAAUCGAUUUACGUGUUUCAUUUUUUGUGUCAAACCGAGCCAUCAAGUCACGUCAGUGGAAAUAGUUUAGGCUGAUCUUCACUAACGAUAGUAUCUCAAUUUACUUGUUUUAAGUCUUAGUCAGCUCUAAGGAAUAUUUAUAAGCAAAUCAAAUUUGUGAUUGUUUUGUAAACAAUUUUAAAUGUCCUACAAUACGCGAAAUUGUGAGAAAAGUGGAGCAGAAAUAAUGAAUAAAUUGAAAAUAUUUUUGAGUCAAUUUUAAA